AUGGUGCUCGAUCGCCCUCUCGCGCCACCGCCCCAUUACUUGUCCGCUGCGAAAAAAGGCCCAGCAAAACCCAAAUACAAACCUACGCCGUCCUACACACCGCCGCCCGUCCGAGAUCCCUUCCCCCUCCUCUCGACAGCGACAACACUACCGUCCAUCCCAAGCUGGAACCAGCCACGCAAGAACCUCCACAAGGAAUAUGACCUCCCCCUCGCCCCUCCUCUCCUCAUCGGCUUCACGCGCACGUGGCCCAUCCUCCUGCAGGCCGUGGUCUCGUACAUCACCGCCGGCUGGCCCCCCUCGCAGAUCUACGUGAUCGAGAACACAGGCGUACAGAUGGCCAACACCCGCGGCCAGCUCACCCUGCAGAACCCCUUCUACCUCAACCACACCCAGCUGGCCCUCCUCGGCGUCAACGUCGUCCAGACCCCCGUGCUGCUCAACUUCGCCCAGCUGCAGAACUUCUUCCUCCACCUCGCCCUGACGCGCGACUGGCCCUACUACUUCUGGUCCCACCAGGACGUCCUCACGCUCUCGUACGAGGACGGCCUCGAGGGGGUCACCCCGCCGUACGACCAGCUGGGCUACAAGACCGUCUACGAGCUGGGCUGUGAGGCCCUGCACGACGCGCGGGCCCACGACGAGCGCUGGGCGGUGCGCUUCUUUGCCUACGACCACCUGGCGCUGGUGAACCCGGUCGCGUACGAGAGCGUGGGCGGCUGGGACACGCUGAUCCCGUACUACUUGACCGACUGCGACAUGCACAGCCGCCUGCUGAUGACCAACUGGUCCAUGCUGGACCGCCCCGCAGGCACGGUCACGGACACGAGCAGCGCGCUGACGGAUCUGCUGGCGCUGUACCGGGAUCCGGCUGUGGCGCCUGACAUUGUCGAUCCGAACCCGCCUCCCUCUGCGCCGGAUCCUGCGGAAGAAGAAGCUGGCGAGGAGAAGAGGAGGCGGCGGCGGCGGAAGAAGGAGGAGGAGGAGAAGAAGAAGGAGAAGGAUCCUGAUCUGGACUACUACUGGGCCCUUCGGCAUGCAUCCGAUCUGAUGUUCUGGGCUAAACAUGGCGACAGGGGCCGGAAUACAUGGCAAAGUGGACAGCACGGCGGGGCAGGGGAGCCGUACUAUUACCCUGCUGAUGGGUUAGCGGAGGGAAUUGAUGUGAUUACUGAGGCGGGAAAGGAAGUGUAUCGUCGCAAGUGGGGGCAUCGUGAUUGCGACUUGAUGUCAGGCGCAGGGUUGAAGAUUGAAGAUCAGUGGCGGGUGGAGAAGGAUUGGGAAUGA